GCAAGACAUGAUGAUGUCUCUGCUUGAUUCAGCAUGAAGUGGUCCCUCUUUGUGGAGGCUGUCCCUUCGAGUUAAUGACAGUGUAGCAUUGGCAGGUAAUGUGAGUGUCAGACACAACUCUGCUUGUGAUUGUUUAGUUCACCCUAACCAUGUUUAAAGAAGGAAUUAAAUCCUUCCAUCCUGGACAGAUCUGUGAAAGAGGGAAAAAAGCGUUUACAUUACUACAAGAGCUGCUUUAAUUCCAACAUGAUUUAAUCUGGUCAAUUGUACUGAACUUAAAGCUGCAACACUACUGCACAGUUCUGCAAAUCGUGGGGAUACAGUUCCAACAGACUAGCAGAGGCUGUAUCACACCUGGUGAUGGAAUUUACUUAAUGCAACACCUGGAUGAGGCUUCCUAACCACACAAAUGAAAAAUGUGAUUAAAAAAAAGGAAAAUGGUUCUUUGGGAUGUGUUUGACCUUUUUGAAACUCCAAAUUAAUAUCAUGAUUUCAGCUCGGAGUCUGGAUGCUACAAUGGACUGAGUGUUACUAUUGUAUUUGCUGAUGCCUGACUUUAAAAGAAUCAGGAAGAAAAUAUGCUGUUACCAACCAUGAAGGGGAGCAAUGUGUCUGGUUUUGUGUGGACCUUAUCAAAUCCAGAGAGAGAAUGGUGAGCUACUGGGAACUCCAAGAAUAAACCACAGACCCUUUCUAAACCCAAGGCAUCUCUCCACACUGGAUCCUUAAAACACCAAUGUUGGAAAAAAGUUACCCCUUUUUAAUCUUUCAGAUCAUUUAUCUACAGAACUCAGGUUUAAAUAUGGAUACUUUUAGCAAAGAGAAGUUUGUCAACAUCUCUAAAAGCUCCUUGAUUCAACUUAAUCAUGACAGGAGGUUUUACAAAAGUGACAUUGGGACAGGAGGACCCAACACAUCAGAAAUAUUUAACUGGACCAUGGCUACUGGAAAUGUAACACCUGUCACCUCAGGGGGAAGUACAUUUUCUUUAGAAAAGAACUGGCCUGCCCUUUUAACAGUGACAGUGAUUGUAGUCACUAUUGCUGGCAAUAUACUGGUCAUUUUGGCUGUCUCUCUGGAGAAAAAACUACAAAAUGCCACCAAUUAUUUUUUGAUGUCACUUGCUAUAGCUGACAUGCUCCUGGGUUUCUUUGUCAUGCCCAUUUCAAUGUUGAACAUACUAUAUGAUUAUGAAUGGCCUUUACAUAGGAAACUUUGUCCGAUAUGGAUUUUUUUGGAUGUACUGUUCUCCACUGCUUCUAUCAUGCACCUCUGUGCAAUUUCUCUGGAUCGGUUUAUUGCAAUACGAAAUCCCAUCCAUCACAGCCGCUUCAAUUCAAGGACCAAGGCCUUCGCCAAAAUAUUCGCAGUGUGGACAAUAUCUGUAGGUAUCUCCAUGCCCGUGCCUGUGUUUGGACUACAAGAUGACAGCAAAGUCUUUAACCAAGAAAACUGUUCUUUGGCAGAUGAGAAUUUUAUCAUUGUUGGUUCCUUUAUUGCAUUUUUUAUACCUUUGCUCAUAAUGCUGGUCACAUAUUUUUUAACUAUAAGAUCUCUGCAGAAAGAAGCUACUUUGUGUUUUAACAACCUGGGGGCAAAAAGCAAACUGGCUUUAUUCAGUUUCCUUCCUCAAAGCUCAAUUUCUUCAGAGAAACUAUUUCAGCGCUCUUUGCAAAAGGAACUGGCUCCAUAUGGAAGAAGGACAAUGCAGUCCAUUACAAAUGAGCAGAAAGCAUCAAAGGUCCUGGGUAUUGUAUUUUUUCUUUUUGUGGUGAUGUGGUGCCCGUUUUUCAUCACAAAUGUGAUGGCCGUGUUUUGCAAAGAGUCUUGCAAUGAGCAUAUCAUUACAGAACUACUGAAGGUAUUUGUUUGGAUUGGUUACCUGUCUUCGGCAGUAAACCCACUGGUCUACACACUCUUUAAUCAGACUUAUCGGUCUGCAUUCUCCCGUUACAUUCAGUGUCGAUACAGGGAAGAAAAGAAGCCUUUACAAUUAAUCUUAGUAAAUACUAUUCCUGCAUUGGCUUACAACUCGAGCCAACUUCAGCUUGCCCAAAUGAAGAAUUUAAAGAAAGAACAAAAAAAGAAAACAAACGACUAUUCUUUGGUUACUAUUGGAUUGCACCCAUUAGACAAAGUGACAAAGACCGGGGUGGGAACACUAAAUGAGAACGUGAGUUGUUUGUAAUGUGACAACAUUGGAAGCUCACAAUUUUAAAAAUGUUAUAUACACAGGGCUUGAUUUCUCAUUUGACAGUAUGGGCUUAAAGCUAAAUCAGGACUGGAAUCCAGAAAUCAUUAAAUGAGAAAAUAGAAAUAUAUUUCGGGGAAUAUUUACCGUCUCUGAGUUGCAUGUAAACAGGAGAACUAAAAUCUGUGGUUUUGCUUUUAGGGAACUAAAAUUGGGUUCAAAUGACAAGUCAAGAGCACCACACUUUUACCAUACAGUUAGGAUCAUGAGCUGUGCAAAUCCACAAUAGCCAUACCUCUCAACAUUGGGAGGUAUGAGAUCAGGACAGCUGGGUGGAAAAAAAGGCAGGCCUGCACAUUGAUCAAGCAUAUCAACCUGGUAUGAAGCACGCUAGGCUAAUUGACAGCCCACUUGGCCAGCCCCCAACAUACAGGACCAUGCACACAGUGCUGCUGAAGCACACUCUGCACGGUCCUAGUCCCUUUUCACAAUGCAAGGGCGUCCAAUGAUGCACCAGCACUGUGCUGCCCACGGACAAAAUUGGGAUGGAAGGACAGGAUCUCGAAAUCGGUACUGUCCCACCAUAAUAGGGACUAUUGGGAAUCCUACAAUACUUAGAGCAGAAAUGCAUACAAUUCCUGGUGCAUGACAACAUAUUACGAUGGUGGGUGUGCAUGCAGCUUACUAAACUACCAAGCUUGUAAUUUGUUUACUCACUCAAAAAUCUUUAAAAGUUUACUCCAACCUAUUGCUAACUAGGUCCCUCCAUAAAAUGCAUGAUUACAUGGUAAAACUUACCUGCAAUCCAGUCCCGGGUGAUGCUCUCGGCACUUCUCUCCAGCACACAGGGUCCCUCACACAGUCUAAUGAAAUGCUUCUCAUGAAGAAGCAUUUCAUUGGACCAUUCUUACUGGCUCGGAGUGCAUGCGCAUGCUCAGAGCCGGUGAGGGGUGGGAGGAGACAGGCAUGGCUGGACUGCUAUUAAAAUUUUAUUUUUUUUAACUGAUCUAUCCAACAGAGGGAGGCGGGGAGGGACUGCAAGUAGAGAGGAAGGGAGGGUGGCCAGAGCUAAAAAAAGAAGUUAAAUAAACACAUAAUUAGGCAGCCCGGAACAGAGAUGUGGGCUGCCACGUUGUGUGCUAGGGUUGCAAACAGCAACUGUCACACAAGUGCCAAUAACCCAGUAUGUGCACUGUUUCAAGAAAAAAACACUGCACAAAAAGCAGACGUGGUCAUGGUGGUUGGAGUAACCCUUUAAAGGCUACAUUUUACUUAAAUUCUAGCCUAGUGUCUGGCUCAGAAUCAUGGUAAAUUCAGUUUGCAAAAAAUGCUUCAAUAUCAUGUUUAAUAAUCAGGGUUCUAGGCAAUGACCCUGCUUGUCUUAUGAGAAAUUUACCCCUGUGUGAACACUAAUGGAACAUUAGAGGAGAUGUUAGAGCAUUUCUACCCAAUAAACAUGUAUAAAAAAGGACAUUCUGAAAACCAUAUCAUUUUAAUUUAUUCAAGGAAACCAGGGUGUGCGUUUUUAAAAUGUGAAGACAUAAACAUGUACACUAUUUAUAUUUAUUUUUUAAA